AUGAAUGCUUCCUACAGCAGUUACGAAGCAGAAAUAUGGCAGCGUGACGACGCUGUGUUUAGCCUUUACCGACCCAGAGGCGGCCACACUCAGUCGGAAGUCUUGGAUAGCUGGUUGGAAUUGAUACAAGCCUACAGCAAAAUCCUGCCCGAAUCGUUCACAGACAGGAGUGACUUCCCUCCUGCCAUCUCAGGUCUGGCAGGCUUGUACCACCGAUACUUAAAAGCAAGCAAAGGCGUUGUUGAUGCUUUUCUCGACCCAGAGAAAGACUACAUAGCCGGUUACUGGCGACAGGACAUCCCCCGAAGCAUCCUCUGGCACCUCGUCACCAACCCCACAGCAACUCCAACAUUACCAAACUACAUCAGCUCUCUGCACUACCAAUCUCACGAGCUUCACCUACACUCGUGGAGCCAGAUCUCCCGAGGAUACACCAACUCAAUCUUGAACAACAAACGAUGCGGGAUAUACCCGCACAACCCCCUCAACAGCAACAACAACAACAGCAACAACUUCAAACCCGAAAUGGAAAUCCUCAACCCACACAACAUCACCCCCCUGGGGGAGAAGAACCCCUUCGGCGCCAUCCGACCAAACCCCCACCUCCACAUCAGAACCAAAGUCUUGGACUUUGCCACCAUCCCAGACAACAGGCGGGUCUUCUCCGUCGGAUCACCAAUUCACCACCACCACCACCACCACCGCCCCCGUGUCUCGACCGAGUUCGAGCUCCGAUAUAACCUACACCCGCUCUGUCUCGUCACGCUAGACUUUGCACCCAACCACAACAACAGUCACACGAACCAGAGGACACUGGACGACGACGACGACGUCAAAUCUGACCUCCUCCUCUCCCACGCCAGCUGGCCUUGGUGGGUCGGUAUAGCAGCAUUGACCCGCUUGGUCUGGUUUUAUAUCCUAUACUCCCACCAUCACCACCACCAAAGACGAGUGGUGGUGGUUCCCCACAACACCAACACUUUUACCGAGUAG